CCACAUUCUCCGGACUCCGGCGACUCUUUUUCGUUUUCCGGCGACUAUUCUUUCAGCAACUGAGUUAUGCACAGAGACGGGUACUCCAUCCUUCUGGCGGCGAACAUCCUUGCGGCAACCACCGUCGGAUUAAUCUGGGCGGCCGAAGCCACACUACGUCGCCGGAGAAAAUCAAGUUCAUCCAAGCCUGAAGUUGUUGUUCCACGGUUAAAUUUGACCGGGUCCGGCCAUGUUUUCAGGCUUGAAAAGUUCUCCGAUUAUGUUGCAAGGCAAAUUGGAUUUAGAGACGGAAAGGAGUGCCCGGAGCUAAGCAAAUUGGCAUCGGAUUAUGUGAGAAGCUCGAAAGCUUUUAAUGACGCGAUGUACAUAUAUUUUUCAGAGUGUUUUCCAAAUAAAACAGAAGUCAAAUUACUAAGUGAAAAGCUUGUUGAAGAGCUCGAGAGAUGCAUUCUUGGUUAUUUUGCAUUCCAUUGGAGCCAUGCGCCUGUUAUGAUCGAGCAGGUGUUAAGCAUUGGAUCUGACGAAAGAAAACUAAAAAAUAUGGUGUUGACCGCUACAAGAAAGCAAAGAUUUGAUAAAGUGACAAAGGACUUGAAGAUGACAAGGGCAUUCUCAACAAUGGUGGAGGAAAUGAAAGUGAUCCGAUCUACCACCCCGAAACGCGGAGAUGGUGACGGUGCCUGCACGGAGGUGAUGGAGCCGGUGGCUCAUUGUGACAGAAGCCCCGUGCUCCUCUUCAUGGGUGGUGGAAUGGGCGCCGGGAAGAGCACUGUUCUCAAAGAAAUCCUUAAAGAACCAUUUUGGUCGGAGGCAGCACCAAACGCGGUGGUGGUAGAGGCCGAUGCUUUUAAGGAAACCAAUGUGAUUUAUCAAGCGCUUAGCUCUAUGGGUCAUCACCAUGACAUGCUUCAAACUGCUGAAUUGGUGCAUCAAGAUUCCACGGAUGCAGCGUCGUCUCUAUUAGUAACAGCGUUAAACGAAGGAAGAGAUGUGAUCAUGGAUGGUACACUAUCAUGGGAACCAUUUGUGUAUCAAACAAUCGACAUGGUGAGAAGUGUUCAUAAACAUCGUUACCGCAUGGGUAAAGGUUAUAAAGUCUCGGACGAUGGAACCAUCAACGAGACUUACUGGGAAAAAGUCGAAAACGACGAAGAUGAAUUUAAGAUGAAGAAACCUUACAAAAUUGAGUUGGUUGGUGUUGUUUGUGAUCCAUAUCUUGCGGUUACAAGAGGCAUUAGGAGAGCCAUAGCAGUGAAAAGGGCAGUGAGGGUAAAUUCACAGUUGAAAUCACACAAGAGUUUUGCGAAUGCAUUUGGUAAAUAUUGUGAUCUUGUGGACGAUGCAAAGCUCUAUUGCACCAACGCCAUUGGAGUUCCUCCAAAAUUGAUCGGGUUGAAAGACCGCAAUAGCAAUCUAUUAGUCGACCCAGAUCAAAUCAAGUGUUUGGAAAUAUUAAAGGAAAUCAACGACCAAGCGGAUUCCAUAUGCGAGCUUUAUGCCGACCCAAAAACGUUAUUAGAUCUCGACUCGGUGUGGAAUGAAGUUGUUUUGAAUCCAACAAGAAUCGAUCUUCAAUGUGAAUUGAAAAACGUAAUCGAGAGAAUUGAAAAGUCAAAACCGUGACAUGGAUUUGUGUAGUCAAAGACCAAAUUUAUUUGUAUUUUUUCCCAAAAAAAAUGUAUUUGUUUAUGAAUUUGAAU